CACUACGGAUUUGUCGAGUAAACCUGACCUCCCUACGGUUUUUAUUCCUUCUGUGAAUCUGUUUGCUUUUUUUUUCCUUCACGAGCCACUUCAUGCGUGAAGUGUUUUGUUGAGCGCGUGGUCUCCAGGUGCGCGGACGAGCUCUUCUAGGUGAACUUUUUUUUUUUAAUUUACUUUGCACAACCUACCUGAGUUGUGUUUCCUCUCUGCAUGCCUCCAUUCCUCUCCACCAUGGAUUUGGUUUGGAUUGUGGGCUGCGUUGUGAGCGUUUGCUCCUGGUUUGCUUCAGCGGAGCGACACAGCGUCUACUGGAACAGCACCAACCCAAAGUUUCUAUGGGACGACUACACCGUGGAGGUGAAGCUCAAUGACUACCUGGACAUCGUCUGCCCCCAUUACCCUCAGGGUGAGGUGCCGCUGCUGGAUGCCGAGCGAUACGUGCUCUACAUGGUGGAGCGCGAAGACUACGAAUCCUGCAAGCCCCAGUCAUACGACCAGAUGCGUUGGGAGUGUGGCCAUCCAUUUGCUCCUCACGCCCCGGAGAAGUUCUCGGAAAAGUUUCAGCGCUUUACUCCGUUUACUCUGGGAAAAGAGUUCCGCCAAGGAGAAAGCUACUAUUAUAUCUCCAAACCUUUGCACCACCACGGACAGGAGUGCCUCAGGCUCAGGGUGGACGUUGUAGCUGCUGAUGGCUCUCAAGAGGCCAGAGUGGCUAAAGGAGGCACAGGUGGGACUGGAGUUGGAGCUGGGGGUGGGGUUCACAACCCGUCCAACAGACUGCCUGCAGCAGAUGACCCAGUGGUAAUCCUGCCAGAAGUCCAGAAGAGCGUACGGUCGAGCUCUGCAGUGACGGCUACAUCCCUCUCAAUCCUUUCAUUGCUAGUCCCAUUUUCAUUACUGCUAUUGUUGCACUGAGAGUACAUGAAAGGACUGCUGUUGGCAGACAUUUUUUCUUUCAGGGACUACAAUGAAGACAGUCCGUGGGGAUGAAACCACUGACUCAAAAAGACAGUUUUCCAUGCCCAGUGCUGGCCACGGGGAGAGACUUUUGAAGCUUGUAAAGUACAGAUGGACUCGCUUGCACUACACGUGCUGAGUAACUCCUGAGCAUUUAAGACAAAGCAUGUGUGCUGCGUCUUAUUUUUCAAAAGGUGACAGUAUUUUUUCUUGGAAAGACCAAGCUCUCCUUGAUUUGUAUUUUUUAGGGCUCUCUCUAAAAAAACCUCUGAGGAUGAUAACGCUAGCGGAGUUGAAGAGGAAGUGGCCGAAGAACAAUCAAGAGCAAAGACAACAACUCUGUUUGAAUUAUAUAAAUGUAGAUGGGAUGAAUCCACAUUCAAUGGAAAAGUAAUCUCUUACCUUUUGAGCCAAAGAUCAGUCAUCUCUCCAACUUGUACACUAUUCCACCCUUGAGUAUUGUGUACUAUUUGUUGUAUUGUUAUCGUAAUGGUAUUGAGUGGCAUUGAUGUCCCAAGUGAUUACUUUCUCUAAAUGUAGCAUUGACAGACACGGGGGCCGUUCUCAUGACUACCAUUCCUUUGCGACCAUGUGCUUAUAUACUGUAGCACUAAUACUGCACAGUACAGACACACCAACAUACACUCCACAACAGUGUUAUAUACACACACACACACACACACACACACACACACACACACACAGAC